UUUUAAACAACACUUUUACGCACAGCGAAGCUCCUCAGCGUCUUUUUCCAGAGUGGUGUUCACCUGUCGAGGAUGGAAAACUGAUGGCCUUCCUCAUGUUGGAGGCUAGCUGUUCACUCUGAAGGUGCAGGAUGAAAAGAUGGAACAGCUGCUUGUGCCACCAGGUCCAGACAGCUUCCGCCGCUUCAGUCGUGAAUCCCUCAAAGCCAUCGAGAGACGGAUUGCCGAGGAGAAGGCCAAGAAGCCCAAGGGAGAAAAGAGAAAACGCAACGAUGAGAACGAGCUCAAACCCAGCCGUGACCUGGAGGCGGGCAAAUCACUCCCUCUCCUGUACGGCGACACUCCUGCAGGCAUGGUGUCGACACCGCUGGAGGACCUGGAUCCCUACUACCACAAUCAGAAAACUUUCAUAGUAAUAAACAAAGGGAAGUUCAUUUUUCGCUUCAAUGCCGCUCCUGCCUUGUACCUCCUGAGCCCCUUCAACCCUCUUAGAAGAAUAUCAAUUUGGAUUCUGGUACACUCAUAUCCUUUCUGUAAGAUUGCCUGCAAAUUGUUCAGCAUGGUGAUCAUGUGCACUAUCCUCACCAACUGUGCAUUUAUGACACUGAGUCGACCGCCUGACUGGGCAAAGAAUGUAGAGUACACAUUUACUGCAAUCUAUACCUUUGAAUCCCUCGUUAAAAUUCUAGCUCGGGGCUUCUGUAUAGGUAAAUUCACAUUUCUAAGAGACCCCUGGAACUGGCUGGAUUUCUGCGUCAUUGUCAUGGCGUACGUCACAGAGUUUGUACCCCUCGGCAAUUUAUCAGCUCUUCGCACAUUCAGAGUGCUGAGAGCUUUCAAAGCAAUUUCAGUCAUCCCGGGACUGAAGACCAUCGUCGGUGCGUUGUUCCAGUCAGUGAAGAAGCUGGCAGACGUAAUGAUCCUCACCGUGUUCUGCUUGAGCGUCUUUGCCCUGGUGGGGUUACAGCUGUUUAUGGGUAAUUUAACGCAAAAGUGCAUAUGGUUUUCAAAGAACGACACCAACUUUUCGCACGAGGAGUGGCUUGCACAUGUUGAAAAAAAGGAGAACCAUUAUUACCUUAAAGACAGACGAGAUCCGUUGCUUUGUGGAAACGCCAGUGAAGCUGGGCAGUGUCCAGAGGGCUUCAUUUGCAUCAAAGUAGGAAGGAAUCCAGACUAUGGUUACACCAGCUUUGACUCAUUCGGUUGGGCCUUCCUUUCCCUGUUUAGGCUGAUGACACAGGAUUACUGGGAAAACCUUUACCAGCAGACUCUGCGAGCAGCCGGGAAGCCCUACAUGAUCUUUUUUGUGCUGGUGAUUUUCCUGGGCUCCUUCUACCUGGUCAACCUGAUCUUGGCUGUAGUGGCGAUGGCCUAUGAGGAGCAGAGCCAGGCCACCAUAAAGGAGGAGAAGGAGAAGGAGGAGGAGUUCCAGGCCAUGCUCGAGCAGCUGAGACGGCAGCAAGAGGACGCUCAGGCAGCAGCAACUGCAGCAGAGGGAGGAGAGGCCAGUGACAAAGGUGGCGGCACUGAGAGUUCCUCCGACGCAUCCAAGCUGAGCUCCAAAAGUGCCAAAGAGAGACGCAACAGGCGACGGAAAAGAAAGGAGGAGGAGGGCAAAGGGACUGACUUGAAGCUUCCUAAAUCUGAGUCACAGGACAGCAUUAAGAGGGCUCGCUGCCGCUUCUCUGUCGACGCAAACCUGCUCAACUACGACAUGAAAUGCUCACCCGCACAUCAGUCCUUUCUGAGUUUUCGUGGACCCCUGUUCUCACCCAGACGGAACAGCAAGACCAGCCUUUUCAGUUUCCGAAGCCAAGCGCAGGACAUGGGUUCGGAAAAUGAGUUCGCCGACGACGAGAACAGCAUUUUUGAGGACAACCUGAGUCGGAGGGGCUCUUUGUUUUUCCCCCAGAGGUGCGACCGACGCAGCAGCAGCAUGAGCCAGUGCAUCUUCUUGCCACAUCUUCGACGUCAGCCCAAUGGGAUCAGGCACAGCUCUGUAGACUGCAAUGGGGUUGUGUCUCUGGUGGGUGAGAACUCACUGCCAUCAUCACCGGUGGGGCUCCUUCUGCCUAAAGUGACUGUAGAUAUGGCCUCUACUGGAGACAAUGCUGACACUACUGACACAGAGUACCGACCUGCCACUGGGGGGACAUACCAGGAGUUUUUGGACCCAUUCGAGGGCCCAGAGGCCAGGCAGAGAGCUCAUAGUAUAGCCAGUGUUAUUACCAGCACAAUGGAGGAGCUUGAAGAGUCGAGACAAAAGUGUCCUCCUUGCUGGUACGAUUUUGCUCAAACCUUCCUCAUCUGGGAAUGCUGUCCAACAUGGAUGAAAAUCAAGAAAGUGGUUAAGCUGAUUGUGAUGGACCCAUUCACAGACCUAAGCAUCACCAUCUGUAUUGUGCUCAACACUUUGUUUAUGGCUAUGGAGCACUAUCCAAUGUCCACUGGAUUCAACAAUAUGUUGACUGUGGGCAAUGCGGUAUUCACUGCCAUCUUCACGGCUGAAAUGGUCCUCAAGAUCAUUGCUUUGGACCCAUACUAUUACUUUCAGGAGGGAUGGAAUAUUUUCGAUGGAAUCAUUGUCAGUCUAAGCUUGAUGGAGCUUUCUUUGGCAGAUGUGGUUGGCAUGUCUGUUCUGAGAUCAUUCAGAUUGUUGAGAGUAUUCAAGUUGGCUAAAUCUUGGCCCACUCUUAACACACUCAUCAAAAUCAUUGGUAACUCAGUGGGGGCUUUGGGCAACCUGACCCUGGUGCUCGCCAUCAUUGUCUUCAUCUUUGCUGUGGUGGGCAUGCAGCUGUUUGGAAAAAGCUACAAGGACUGUGUGUGUAAAAUCUCUGACGACUGCACUCUGCCUCGUUGGCACAUGAAUGACUUCUUCCAUUCAUUCCUCAUUGUGUUCCGAGUGCUUUGUGGAGAGUGGAUAGAGACCAUGUGGGACUGUAUGGAGGUGGCUGGGCCUACCAUGUGCAUCACUGUCUACAUGAUGGUCAUGGUUAUUGGAAACCUUGUGGUGCUGAACUUGUUCUUGGCCCUGCUGCUGAGUUCCUUCAGCGCCGACAACCUGGCAGCGACGGAAGAUGACAGCGAGAUGAACAAUUUGCAGAUUGCCAUCGGGCGGAUUCACAGAGGCAUUGCUUUUGUCAAGUCGCUGCUUCAAAGCAGCUGCAGCAGUGGAUGUCUCAGGAAUAAGAAGAAAAGGAACAGUGAGGACAAAGCUCUGAAUGAGCUCCACAAACCAUUAGGGCCGAAUGGUGUCCCCAACCAUUUGAUCAAAGACUUCCCUAAGAAUGGCAACGGAGAUGUGACCGGAGUGGACAAAAAUGGAGACAAGUACAUAGUCUGCAGCAAGAGUGAUGAUUCUAUAAUGUCUUUCAUCAACAAUCCCAGUCUGACUGUCACUGUUCCUAUCGCUGUUGGAGAGUCAGACUUUGAAAACCUCAACACGGAAGACUUCAGCAGUGCCUCCUUUUCCCAGGGCAGCCAAAUUGUAGAAGACGAUGGGCAGUUCAGCUCCUCUGAGGGCAGCACAGUGGACGGUCUACCAGCUGGAGAGGGAGAAUCUUGCGACUUUGAAUUAGAAGAAGCUAUGGAACCUGACGCCUGCUUUCCUGCUGCAUGUGUGCAAAGGUUCAAGUGUUGUCAAGUAAACGUGGACGUGGGCUGGUGGAAGGUGUGGUGGACGCUGAGGAAAACCUGUUUUCGGAUAGUGGAGCACAACUGGUUUGAGACCUUCAUCAUCUUCAUGAUCCUGCUGAGCAGUGGAGCGCUUGCACUGGAAGAUGUCUAUAUUGAGAGGAGGAAGACCAUUAAAACAAUAUUGGAGUUUGCGGACAAAAUUUUCACCUACAUUUUCAUUCUGGAGAUGUUACUGAAAUGGGUGGCCUAUGGAUUUGCCAAGUAUUUCACUAAUGCCUGGUGCUGGUUGGACUUCCUCAUUGUUGAUGUCUCCCUGGUCAGCCUGGUAGCCAACGCUGUAGGAAUUAAUGAACUCGGUGCCAUCAAGUCUCUGAGAACCCUGCGAGCUCUGAGGCCCCUGAGAGCCCUGUCACGGUUCGACGGCAUGAGGGUGGUUGUCAAUGCCCUACUGGGAGCAAUUCCUUCCAUCUUCAAUGUGCUGCUGGUGUGUCUCAUCUUCUGGCUCAUCUUCAGUAUCAUGGGCGUCAACUUGUUCGCAGGGAAGUACUACAGUUGUGUCAACAGAACCAACGAUAAACCUUUACCUCGAACAGAAGUGAGAAACAUCUCAGACUGUACAAAUUUGCCCAAUACCACUGUUCGCUGGAAAAAUGUCAAAGUCAACUUUGACAAUGUUGGUAUGGGUUACCUUGCCCUGUUGCAAGUGGCUACAUUCAAGGGUUGGAUGGACAUCAUGUAUGCUGCUGUGGACUCUCCAAACAAGCCAGGAGAACAACCAGAGUAUGAGAUCAACCUGAAGAUGUACAUCUAUUUUGUCGUUUUUAUCAUAUUUGGAGCCUUUUUCACUCUCAAUCUCUUCAUUGGUGUCAUCAUUGACAAUUUCAAUCAGCAAAAGAAAAAGAUAAGAGGUCAAGACAUCUUCAUGACCGAAGAGCAGAAGAAAUACUACAAUGCCAUGAAAAAGCUGGGAUCCAAGAAACCUCAAAAACCAAUUCCUAGACCAUCAAACAAGAUUCAAGGAUUCAUCUUUGACUUCACCACAAAACAAGCAUUUGAUAUUGUGAUUAUGGUUCUAAUAUGGCUCAACAUGGUAGCCAUGAUGGUGGAAACUGCUGACCAGUCACCAAAGAAGGCCAACAUCCUCUACUAUAUUAAUGUAGUUUUCAUUGUCGCCUUCACUGGAGAGUGUUUGUUGAAGAUGAUCUCACUUCGCCAGUACUACUUCACAAGUGGCUGGAAUAUAUUUGAUUUCAUCGUCGUGAUCUUGUCGAUUCUUGGUAUGUUUCUCUCAAAGCUGAUAGAACAGUAUUUUGUCUCACCCACCUUGUUCCGAGUUGUCCGAUUGGCUCGCAUUGGCCGCGUACUCCGCCUUAUUAAAAGUGCUAAAGGAAUCCGCACACUCUUGUUUGCCUUGAUGAUGUCACUUCCUGCCUUGUUCAACAUCGGUCUCCUGCUGUUCUUGGUGAUGUUUAUCUACGCCAUCUUUGGAAUGUCGAACUUUGCGUACGUCAAGAGGGAAAGAGGCAUCGAUGACCUUUUCAAUUUUGAGACAUUUGGCAACAGCAUGAUCUGUUUGUUCCAGAUCACCACCUCGGGAGGCUGGGACGGCCUGCUCUAUCCCAUUCUCAACAAACAAAAAGAUGAUUGUAACAGUACUGCGGAGCAUCCUGGUAGUUCUGUUGUAGGAAACUGUGGAAAUCCUCCUGUGGGAAUUGCCUUCUUUGUGAGCUACAUCAUCAUCUGUUUCCUUAUUGUGGUGAAUAUGUACAUUGCAGUCAUCCUGGAAAACUUCAGCGUGGCCACUGAGGAGAGCGCGGACCCUUUAAGCGAAGAUGAUUUUGAAAUGUUUUAUGAGGUCUGGGAAAAGUUUGACCCUCGUGCAACGCAGUUCAUGGAGUACUAUAAGCUUUCAGAAUUUGCAGAUGCUCUCGACCCGCCGUUACGCAUUGCCAAGCCUAAUAAGAUCGAACUGAUCUCUAUGGAUCUACCCAUGGUGAGUGGCGAGCGCAUUCACUGCCUAGACAUCCUGUUUGCAUUCACAAAACGUGUGCUCGGCGAGGGUGGGGAGAUGGACAUUCUAAGGGGGCAGAUGGAGGAGCGCUUCAUGGCCUCAAAUCCUUCCAAAGUGUCCUACGAACCCAUCACUACCACCCUCCGCCGCAAACAGGAAGACACGUCAGCUGCUGUCAUCCAGAGAGCAUACAGACGUUACGUCAAGAACAAUCCAGGAAAAGGUAGCAGGCCCUAUGACACGUCCAAUGGUAACGUUCAAAAGGAGGAAAAGGUCACUGAGAAAGAAGACCUUGCCACAGACAAACAAAAAAGUGAACUCGCUCCUUCGGCGGCCUCUCAACCUUCGUCUAAUAGUGUGACAACAAAUGGAAAAAAUAAAUACGAAAAAGAUAAAAGUGAAAAGGAGGUCGUGAGCAAAGAUGUCACAGAGCAAGACAUGUAGGAGAAUGCUGGAGAUGCAACAAAGACGUUUUCAUAAUGGCAAAAUGUUUACAACCUUUGAAAGUGACUAAGACAUCCAUUGGACGCCCUUCCUUAGUAUGGAUAUCUACUAUGCCAAACUGACUGUGCUUACUUGGCUCUAGAGGUUGGUGCCUAAAAUGGAAAAAGUGGCUCAUCAGGCUGUAGCAGAACCAUUCUGGAUGUUCAGGAGCAGGGAUCUCUUUUGGCUGUGUUGUGUGGAUGGGCAAAGUGUUCUGAAAGACACAUUAGUUAAUGCUUUAACUUCUAUUGCAGCUAGUUCUGCUAUCCAGUGUCUUGAAUUAUUUGUUAUAUCAUUGACUGUUGAAUUACUUAACCUAAUUAACUUUCAUGCAGAAAAAAAAGAAUAAUUACUUUAAGAAUUCACAGUUUGGUUGAUUGGAUUUUGAUACAUUUUUUACUCCUCAAAGGGGUUGUUCCUUCAGGUAUAGUCUGGACAAUGAGUAAAACUGCUUUAAGGUUAGUCUCGCUGACUGAUAGCGCUUAGAAUGUUUGACAAAUCCAAGAGACAGUGUCAGAGUUAAUUAGCAAUGUAGACCUGCAUGAAUGUCUCUCCAAGUUUAUGCAUGAUAGAGUGUACUGAUUUUACUAUGCUCUCUCCCAGUCCAUCAUGUCUCAUGAUGCGAAGUAUAGACGUGACAUGGUUGCUUUUUAUACAUUGCAGAAACAUCACUUUAGCCUACCGUUCGAACAAAUCCAGCCGAGUGUGCUGAUUAUGUUUGAUUAUCAGUGUCAGAGCAGUAACCCUUGGCAGAAACACUUUGCACAUUGUUGAAAUCAUCGAAAUCAUUCACGUACGUCACCUCUGCUUCCUGCGUUCUACCUGUGUACCAUUUAAAAUACUGACAAUUAUGUACAAAUGUUAUCAUCAAACUGUGCUUAAAACUAAGUCCUCAAUGGCUUUCGAAGCUGGAGAUUCAAGGAAAAGCUCCACGCUGUUUGCACGCCGCAACUCACCCUGUGCUAACUGACCUCGCCUAUCAACGAACCUCUUGCUGUAGGAGAUAAUCUGUCGUUUUGUCUGUUUGUAGGACAGCAACGUCCCUAAAAGUAUCUCAUCAUGUCUACCUUUUCUUCAUUUUGCCUGUUUUCUUCCUUAGUUGGUGUUUAUUUUGUAAUGAUUAUGUAAUCAUGGAAUAUAUGAAAGAACUCAUAUUGAUUACCUGUGAUAUAAAGCCAAAUAUAUGCUCCAUGUUCUGUUGUAUUCAACCAACAGAUAUGAUACAUUCAGCGCGAGGUGGGAUAAAAGAAAUGUAAAUGUCUAUGAAAACUGCAAUAUGGAUGGUAUUUUUUCUCACUAAGACAAAGCCCUGUGUUAUAUUACUGGUGGUGACUUUCCUGUCUGAGCUGUUUUAUUAUGUAACCUGCAUAUUUUUUAUUUGGAAAUGUUAACUGGAAAAUAGGUUGUUGAUCUAUUAUGGGGUUUUGUUGCGUGUGUGUGUGUGUGUGUGUGUGUGUGCUUUGUAAACUGUUUUUUCUUUUCUUUUUUUCACAGUUUACCUCUCAAUCUUUAUCAUGAUAAAUAUCUAAGAAGGAUGAAAGAUGGCUCAGAAAAUUCUGAAUGAUCUCAAGGAUAUGGCAUCACACAUCUCAUGUGCCCUUAGCUAUUUCCUUCAGCUGUUUACAUUUUAUAUUGUUGUGUUACUUUUGUCAGUUCAUUCACUCCCAACGACAUCCACCCUAAGCCGUGUCACGACUACAUCUGUUCUUCUAUGUUAUAAAGUAUAUUUCCACUGAUGUAAUUACAUUUUGCAUGUAAGUAAAACGUUCACUACUUACGCUAUACUUUAUGCAUACUGAAAGAAUGUUUUGAUUACACAGACUUUAACAUCUCCCAUCAUUUAUAUGCAUAAUGCUUGUAGUGUAUAAAUAAACUGCAUGCAACACACUGCUAUAACCCAUUUCACUGAAAAGCUAAAAGAAUAAAGAUUACAUGUACGUCAA